AUGCCCAGACCUCCCUGUCCCCGGCCACCUCCUCUAGUUCUACAGGGGGGAUACCGAGGCGUUCCCAGGCCAGUUGUGAGACAUAGUCCCUCCAACGUGUCCAAGGUCUCCUCCUGUCUGGACAUGCCCCAAACACCUCACUGGGGAGGCGUCCAGGAGGUAUCUGUAAUAAUGGAUUCAAGUGGAAGUGUCAUCACGUCAGAGAAGGAGACAGCCAGCCUGUUGACUGCUGCAGUACAGACAUCUCCCCGCUCUCCUCCUCAUCCUCUCACUCCAGUGAUGUACGCUGCGGUUGUUUCUGCACAGGAUGUGAAAUAUUUCCUGAAGGGUCAGGACAUACACUUGAUGCCAUCCAUCUCUGAACCACCUACUCAAAUUUUAUGGCAACAUAAUGGAAUUGAUGUGGUAUAUUUUACUGGCAUGAAGAACUAUGUGCAGUCUUCAUACAAGAAGAGAAUCACUCUGGACCGGGUCUCUGCAGAACUCACCAUCAAAAACGCCACAUAUGAAGACAGUGGAGUCUAUCACCUAGAAAUGAACAUAAACAGCGAGCAGGAUACUUUCCAGUAUAGAAUUGAAGUUAUAGACAAAGUAUCCAAACCCGACAUAUCCUGUGAGAGGAGCGACACAAAGCAGGCGACACUUGUGUGCUCAGCAGAGUCCAAACAUCCUCAUUUGUUAAAGUUUAAGUGGAGCUCACCAGGAAAGGAGCAGACUCGACCAAAUUUAACAAUAACUGUCAGGAAUAAAGUUGAUGGUCAAGUUUAUCGUUGUGAUGUCAGCAACCCUCUGACCAAAGAAACGGCUUCAUUCACCGCUAUGGACUGCUUCCCGGGUGAAAUAUCAAUACUUCUACAGACUUUCAUCCUAUUGUGUAUCUUAACUGAGGCCAUCAUCUGGUGUUGUGUUUUAUACACAACAUAUCAACAUUUAAAAGGUAAUAGAUCAGAUGCUCCACGCUCCUCCUUGCUCCAUGUACCAUGGAUGUUCAUGCAAUUGUGUAACAACAUUGCUGUCAGCGCCUGGUGUUGUUUUUUGGACAUAAUACAUCCAUGUUCAAUAGGUAAAAUAUCCGAUGAUGAUCCAUGGCUGUUGAGAUUGUUCAGUAUCUUCAUUCUGGUCAUCAACACGUGUCGUCUUUUAUACACAAUACAUCAACAUUUAAAAGGUAAUAGACCACCUGCUGUAUUGAUCAGAUUAUUGUGUACCUUCAUUCAGGUCAUAAUCUGGUGUUAUGUUUUAUACAGAACAUAUCAACAUUCAACAGGUAAAAUACCAGAUACUCUACUGAAUUUCAUCAUAGUCUGUAGCUUCAUUCUGGUCAUCAACAUGUGUUGUGUUUUAUACAUAACAUAUCAACAUUUAAAAGCAUGUUUUAAAUAUAUUUGGAACAGAAGACCAAGAGCAAAAAAAGAUGAUUCAGUGUCCACACAGCUUAAUGGAAACACACCCACACUUCCUUCCAAAGAGAAAUUGAAUAAACAGCAGAAACCAGAAGAAAUGCUUGACUCAGACAUGAACACUACCACUCUACUUGAGGAUAGCAGAAAGGAUCAGCAAGUUUAUGGAGGAGAAAAUGUGAAACAUGAAGAUGACUUACUGAGUCAAGCAACACCCAUCAACUGGCGAGUAGAAGUUAUCAGAACAAGCGACACAGGAAGUUUAAAUCAUGUCACAAUGACAAAAGUCCCCUCCUCCACUUCUCUAAAAGAGGAAAACAUUCAUGAAUAAUGAAUCAGGACUCCUGGUGUCAACACCACAAACCCCUUUAAUGCAUACCUUACAGUAAUUGUAACCGGGCCUAACCAAGUUUCAUUAUUCCACUUUUACUGAUGAUUAUUGAUUAUGGGAGCAGUAAAGAUGAUGACAUUACUGUAAAUGGUAACUAACCACGUUAAACCCAGAUUCCGAUCUAACAAAGGUCUUAACUCAUUCUCCUUCUAUGCCACAUCAAUAUGGAAUGCACUCCCAACAGGUGUAAAAGAAAGGGCAUCUCUAUCCUCCUUCAAAAGCGCACUAAAACAACACCUCCAGUCAACUUCAACCCUUGACUAACACCCUCCCCCCUCCACAUCCCACCUCCCCGGAUUGUAAAUAACCAAAUGUAAAUAACCAAAUGUAGAUACUUGUUCUUUUGCUUUCUGAACUCACUAUGUUCUCUG